AUGAGCGAAGGUGUGCCCAUUUACCUGUGCAGUAUUAAGGGCAUUACGGCGUCCGGGCCCCUUCUCUACACCUCCGGGCUCCCACUCCCCUCCCUCUCCUGGUGCUCCCCCUUGACUGACCCCUGCCUCCUUGGCCCCUCCAUCCCAGCCACCCCCUUCGUGGAGCAGGUGAAGGAGCUGCAGCUGAGCCGGGACGACUUUGAGAUCCUCAAGGUCAUUGGCCGCGGCGCCUAUGGGGAGGUGGCGGUGGUGCGGCUGCGGGGCAGUGACCGCGUCUACGCCAUGAAGAUCCUGCACAAGUGGGAGAUGCUGAAGCGUGCUGAGGCCCGGGCCCGUUUCUACCUGGCUGAGAUGGUGCUGGCCAUCGACUCCCUGCACCGCCUGGGCUACGUCCACCGGGACAUCAAGCCAGACAACGUGCUGCUGGAUGCCCAGGGGCACGUGCGCUUGGCCGACUUCGGGUCCUGUCUGCGCCUCGGGCCUGACGGCAUGGUGGGGUCGGCGAUGGCAGCGGGGACACCCGACUACAUCUCCCCCGAGGCGCUGCGGGUGGUGGAGGGUGGGCGCGGGCGCUACGGCCCGGCCUGCGACUGGUGGGCGCUGGGCGUGUGCGCCUACGAGCUGCUCUUCGGCGAGACGCCCUUCUACGCCGAGUCCCUCGUGGAGACCUACGGCCGCAUCAUGGCCCACGAGGAGCAUCUUCACUUCCCGGCAGAGGUGACGGACGUGUCGGAGGAGGCCAAGGCCCUGAUCCGGGGACUGCUGUGCCGCGAGGAGCUGCGCCUGGGCCGGGGGGGGCUGGGGGACUUCCAGGAGCACCCCUUCUUCCGGGGGGUGGCCUGGGCCAGGCUGCGUGACAGCCCCGCCCCCUACGUGCCCCCCGUGGCCGGGCCCGGCGACACGUCCAACUUCGAUGUGGACGAUGAUACCCUCAAGGAGCCUGAGUCUCCUCCCCCCAGCUCUCAAGGCACCUUCCCUUGGCACCGUCUGCCCUUUGUGGGCUUCACGUUCAUGUCGGGCUCCUCCCUGGCGAGGCAGGGGCCGUCGCCCCCGCCCGGGAGCAGCAGCUCCAAGGACCCCAAGCGCGCUCCCCUCCCAGGCACUGACCGGGCGGAGUUGUGCCUUGCAGACGUGCUGUCCCGAUCCCCCACCAAAGAUGCGGAGACCCGGAGCCCGAAGAGGGAUGUGGACAAGGUUUCCCAGCAGCUCGUGGAGACCCAUGAGGAGGGGGAGACCUCGGGGCAGCUGAGAGCCCUGGAGAAGCAGCUGGAGGCAACCAGGAAGGAGCGAGACGAAGCCUUGAAGGCACAGCACGGCCCCCCCGGAGCCCCUCCAGAGCCUCUCCAUGCCCGGGCCACCGUGUCGCACGAGGGGCCGGCGUGCGAGGGGAUGAGCCAGGACGACACGGCCGGGACAGAGAGCAAAGGCUUCUGGGUAAUGGCACAAGGAAGGGCAGGAGCAGCCUCCCAGUCCCACCAGGGGGGGCCAGACUGGUCUCUGGUGGGGGGGGCGGGGCCUAGCGAGGGUCCUGCCCCCACCCCCUGUUUUGGGGUUCCCAGCACGUCGGAGGGACCGGAGCGGGGCCGGGGGGCCGCGGAGCAGGGGGACGGCGCCGCCGAGACACAGCAGCUCCGAGCGCAGCUGGAGGCGCUGAGCGCGGCCAAGGGGCGGCUGGAGCAGGAGCUGCAGGUGCUGCAGGCGCAGGGGGAGGCUCAGAUCAAUGACCUCCUGCAGUGGGUGAGCGAGGAGAAGGAGUCCCGCGGCUACCUCCAGGCCACGGCCACCCGCCUCGCCCAGGAGCUGGAGUCUCUCAAGCAGGUCGGGACCCCGGCGUCUGUGCGGGACCCCGGCGUCCGGGCCCCUCCCGGAGCUGGGGGGAGCGCAGGCGUCCCGGCCCCCUCGGCUGCCCACCCUACGCCCCCUGGUCCCACUCCCCUCCCAGCACCGGGGAGAACCCAGGCGUCGGGACUGAGACCAGGGGUCUCUCCCAGGCAGCUGCAGGAGCUGGAAGCCCAGAACCAGGCACUGGGCCAGGAACUGGAAAAGCUGAAGGCCGAGCUCAGAGCCAGGACGCUGGAGGGCACAAAGCACCUGAUUCGUUCCCGGAGCACGGAGAACGACACCAUCAGUCAUGGGAGCUCCCUGGAGGCGCCCGAAUCCCCCCGAGCCCAGGAAGAUGCCCAGCUGCGACCCGAGGGCCGCAGGAGCCUCCGAGCCCAGACCCGCCCCCACAGCCUCCAUUUUUGCGGUGUCCCUUUAGCCUGCGGCCUCAUCUGCCACGUGGGGUGUGCAGGGGGGGCCCUGCGCUGCCCCCCACCCCCUGAGUCACCCCGUCAGGGCCUGGGUGCUGGGGCUGGCACCGGGACGGCACUGGAGGGGGUCCUGUCGGUGCCGCGCCCGGCCGGCGUGCGCAAGGGCUGGCAGCGUGUCUUCGCCAUCGUCAGCGACUUCCGGCUCUUCCUCUUCGAGGCGCCCGAGGGCCGGAGCUCGCCCGGCGGCGUUGGUGCCACCCACGUCAUCGACCUCCGGGCCGAGCAGUUCUCGGCGGAGCUGGUCCAGGCCUCGGACGUCAUCCACGCCAACCCCAAGGACCUGCCCUGCAUCUUCCGUGUGACAGCGUUGCAGCUGUGGGUGCCACGGACGUGCUGCUCGCUGCUGCUGCUGGCGGAGAGUGCGGGGGAGGCGCGGCGCUGGGUGCAGGCGCUGGGGGCGCUGCCCCGGGCCCUGCCGCCCCAGCUCCGCCCCGUCCUCGCCCUCAAGGAGGCCUACGACAGCGGCCUGCCCCUGCUGCCCCAUGCCCUGGCCACCGCCAUCCUGGACCGGGAGCGCAUCGCACUGGGCACCGAGGACGGGCUCUUCGUUCUCCACCUCCGUACCAAUGAUGUGGUGCAGGUGGGCGACUGCCGCCGGGUACAGGGGCUGCUGGCCUGCCCCCAGGCCCAGGUGCUGGCCGUGCUGUGCGGGCGCCACCAUAGCGUGCGCCUCUUCUCCUGGGCCGAGCUGGGGCAGCCGGCAGCUCCGGGGGCCAAGAUGACGGAGGUGCGGGGCUGCCAGGCCUUGGCCGCGGGCGUCCUGUGCCGGGGCACCACCCCCGUGCUGUGCCUGGCCAGCAAGCGCCAAGUGCUGUGCGUGCAGCUGGUGCCCGGGACCCCCCCGUACCGGCGCGGCCGGGAGCUCCAAGCCCCCGGCUACGUCCAGUGCCUGGACGUCCUGGGAGACCGGCUGUGCGUGGGCUUCCCUGGCGGCUUCGCCCUGUACCCGCUGCUCAACGAGGGGGCGCCGCAGCCCCUGCCCCAGCCCGAGGAGCCGCGGAGCCGCGGGCUGGGCCAGCAGGAGGCGCUGCGGGCUGUGGAGGUCAGCCUGGGGGAGCUCAUCCUCUGCUUCGGAGGGCUCGGGGUCUACGUGGACGGGCGGGGACGGAGGACGAGGGACCAGGAUCUCAUGUGGCCGGCACCGCCUCUCAGCUGCUGUUACAGUGCUCCCUACCUGACUGUGUUCAGUGAGAACGCCCUGGACGUCUUCGACGUGCGCAAGGCUGAGUGGGUGCAGACGGUACCGCUGCGUAAGGUCCGGGCCCUGAACCCGGAGGGCUCCCUGCUUCUCUUUGGCACCGAGAAGACGCGGCUGGUCUACCUCCGAAACCAGGCAGCAGACCAGGAUGAGAUCAAGAUCCCCGAGAUCACAGACCUCAGCCGGCGCCAGCUGGUGAGGACGAGCAAACGCCGCUUCUCCUUCCGCAUCUCCAACGAAGAGCGGCAGCAGCAACGCAAAGAGAUGAUGCGGGACCCUGACGCCCGGGCCAGGCUCAUCUCCAGCCCCACCAACUUCAGCCACGUGGUGCACGUGGGGCCGGGGGACGGGCGACACCGGCUGCAGGAUCUGCCCACGGCCCAGGCAGAGAAGCAGCAAGAGGCCCAGCUCCGGCCCCGCAGCUUCUCGGACCCCCGGCAGCCCCUGGCCUCACGCAGGAUCUCAGACCAGACCAGCCUCCCGCGAUCCGUCAGCUCCAGCCAGGGCAGCUCCAUCUCUUAA